AUGGCGACUACCUGCGUUGCGGUGAAUGGAAGUCCGAGAGGACCAAGUCCAUUCCGGCUGAGAUGCCCAGCAUCAUUGAGUUCGAGUCGAAGCAGAUCAAGGGCGUGGCUGGGGUGGCGUGGUUUGUGGACAAGGAGGACAAGGAAAUCUACUUUUCUGUGGCUUUGGCCUUGGUCCAGACACACGUGGUGA